AUGCCAACGGUUGAGCCACAACUCUCCAUAGAUGACAUCCUCAUCAAAGAGCAACUGAUGAGUGACGAAGUGUCGUCGAAUGGCCAGAAUUCGCUCCGAACGUCACGAUCAUCUCUCAUCAAGAGGAAAAAACGUCACGAUGGUAACCACCAGUGCUUGCCCAUGGCCUUUGCGGCAUCGCUGUUCGGAAUCUUAGUUACUGUCUGUCUUUUGCUAGCACUUGCCUAUUUGGCUAUACGGAAUAGACCAUGUGAACAACCUCGGCCAUCCACCGGGCCACUCACUUUCAGGGAAGACAGUGAUAAGCUUGAUCGAAUAUCGAAGGAGCUGUCGGACCAGCUGAGCUCGGCUCGAAUCAAACAGAACAUGAGGUGGAUGGCUGAGACGUCACAUAUCGCUGGGACCAUCGAGAAUGCCGUGCUAAUUCGACGGCUGAGCGAAGAGUACGAUCGUCUCGGGUUCAAGGUGAAGACGUACAACUACAGUGUAUUGUUGAACUAUCCGGAUUUCGAUAACCCGAAUACAGUGGAAGUGGAGAAAGAAGGCAAUUUAUGGUGGCGUUUGAGUCAUGGACGUGGUCAUCCCAGCGGACCUCAACAAGCUGUCAACGAGCAACUCGAUGGCCGUUCUGAAGUGUGGUGGAAUGCGUAUUCGGCAGAUGGUUUGGUUGAAGGUCGCAUGGUUUACUGUAAUUAUGGGACUGUGGACGAUUUCAAUACUCUCGAAGAGAUCGGUAUCGAUGUCGAAGGAGCAAUCGUGUUGAUACGAUACGGGGCCUUGGUGAGAUCUGAAAAAGUAGAAGAAGCCGAAAAACGAGGAGCAAUCGGUGUAGUCCUGUUCAGUGAUCCGGCCCAAUACGUCGACUCGAAUAGUAAUGGAACUUUUCCACACUCCUCUUCACUUCCUGGACUGGACGCUCAAAGAGGGUCCGUUGGCAGAGUGCCUGGGGAUCCUCUGACACCUUUGCUGCCAGCGCUUCCUUAUGUAACUCGGAGUGAAACCUUGGAAAGCCUUCGAAGGAAAAAGGUGCUGCCCAGUAUUCCAGUGACACCUAUCAGCUAUGAUGAUGCUCAACGAAUUAUGGACUAUAUGGAUGGUCCCACCAUAACGGCUAGUCCUUACUCGUUUGCCAAACGGACUAUUACCAACAUCAUUGCAGUGCUUGAAGGAAAGGAGGAGCCUGAUAAAUGGGUGAUGUUGGGAAAUCACGUCGAUGCUUGGGGAAAGGGUGCUAUUGAUCCGGUUUCCGGUACAGCUGUACAACUGGAGGUGGCAAGAGUGAUGGCAAAGGUUUUCGAGCAGCACGCACCAAGACGUACAAUCGUGUUCUGUCACUGGGACGGUGAAGAGUUUGGGCUGAUCGGUUCCAAUGAAUGGAUCGAGCAGCGGCUAGGGGUUCUUCAGAGGAGAGCUGUUGCCUACAUUAAUGUUGAUCACAUAGCUGGUGGUAGUUCGCUCGAUAUAAAAGCAGUUCCACUCCUAUACCGGGCUAUAGUCGAAGCGUCUCAGAGGACGUCAUACUCAGAUGGCUCAAGCGGCGAAAGUCUCCUCGAUUCAUGGAGACAUUUUCGACGCCGGGGUCCAUUCUUGGGUGAUCGUGCCGUACCCGAAAUCGGUUUACCAGCUGGAGGAUCAGACUAUCAAGUGAUUCCCUUCAACGCAUUGGACUAUGCUCAAUCCUUGUUAGUUUUAUUUCAUAAAGCCGAGGUUCACCUGUCAAAGAUGGAGUUGACAAAAACGAUUAGUUGGUUACCACAUAAGCUGAGUAGCCUGAAGGAAGUUCUACGACGUUUUCACAAUGUCGCUCGAACCAUACAAGCGGAGGUUCAGGAUAUCGCUAGUGGUCAGAACGAAGUGACCAUUCAACGGCUCAAUUCUAUCAAUUCUCGUCUACAGUACAUCGAGCGUUCGUUUUUGAACCCAACGGCCACCAUGGAACAGCCAUACUAUCGACAUUUAGUAUUUUCCCCGUCUAUGCACUCAACACGUAUCACAUCGUUUUCCAGUAUCCUUGAUCCAGCUCUGGGAUAUUACCGCUCUCACAACGAGACCCACCUACAUAGUUUGGCAGUGGCCAUCACAAAUGUACAGUAUGCCGUCGAAAGUGCCAUUGAUGCACUUCACUAG